UCUUCCCUUUCUUCAUUCCUCUGCGGCCCGACACGGCCCGAAGAACCCUCCACUAUACCGUGCCGCGACAAGCAUCCCACCUUCCUGGUGCGAUUCCGAUCCUACGGCUGAAGAAGGUGGUCUUCCCUUCUCCGACGGCGCCCGACAAUAUUUAGAGAGAAAGGAGGAAACUUUCGAGAGAGAGAGAGGGAGAGGGGUUUGAUCGCUCGAGUUCAGGUUAUCGGCUGUUGUGCUUAAUCUGUUCGUUAUCCGAGCUUAAUUAGGGUUCACGAUGGCAACAGCGUUCGAUCGAUGGGAGAAAGAUCCCUUCUUUUACGCCGCCGAGGAAGUGCAGGAAUCCACCGACAGGAUGGAAUCUGCGUACCGUCGAUGGAUGCAGGGAAGGAGAGGUGGGAUGGAUUCGGGAGGGGAGUGGGAUGCUUUCGUCGUUGAGCUGCGGCGGGAGGUUCAUACAGCCCUAGGUACCGCGAAAUGGCAGCUGGAGGAGUUGGAGAAGGCGGUAAGAUACAGCGAUCAUGCUCUUGCAGCUGGUGAAGCUACUGUAACUCGGCAUAGCGAUUUUGUAGCGGCGAUUCGGAGCAAGAUUUCGAUGGUGGAGAAAGCUCUGAAGGAGUCGAGUUUAGAGAAGGAGGAAGAGAGUGGUUUGGCGUGGGUACGGCUUGACGAAGGGGAAAGGGAUGAGCUUGCUCUUUUCUUAUCGGGUUCGCGUGCUCAGGUGGAGAAGGUUUUAGUGACACCUUCAGCUGGUGCGCGUGAGGCCGUAAGCAGGAUGACUGAAGAAGCUUCAGUUUGCUCGAAGAAGUCCUGUCAUGCCAAUUUGUUGCGUUCAGCGGAAUUGAUGGAGGAUAGCUUGAAAGGUCAUCGGAGGGUAGCGAGUGCUUGUGCUGACUUAGGGGUAUGGACGAUUUCAGUGUCUGCGGAGGAAUCUCCUCUGAAGUUAUCUGAUACGCAGCCUAAUCUUCCCCCUCCUAGGAUACUUAGUUUGUCUGAGUUAGGAACGGAGGAAUCAGCAGCUAAGCCUAAGUGGUACAGAAAUGGCUUUAGGAAGUGGAAGGCUGUGAGUUAUGAAGAUAUGGAAGAGUCUAUACCAUUGCAGAAUCAUCAGAUAAGUCGAGGUAUGAAUGCUUGCUAUGAGAAGAGUAAGAGCUGUCUUUGCGAAUUUACAGACGAUUCUUCCCAUAAGCAGCUCUGUGGUUGGCUUGGAGCUUUUCAAAGACAGAUACAGAGGUCUCAAUAUCAAAUACAGUAUGGUAGACCUAUUCAGAUGAUUAUUUGGACCGCUGUCACUUUAAUGCUGAUUG